AUUUGGAGUGUCAUCAAAACGUCAAUUUAAUUGAUUCUCACAUAUAUAUUUUUGUAUUUUACCUUUGAUUAACCUGAUUUUGGAAAAACUUAAGGAAAAUGUUAAUUUUUUAAAUAAAAUACUAAUUAAGAAAAGGUCUCCUGAGGCCACUGAGAAGCAUUAGCUAUCAACAAACCAUACAAACUAUUUAAGUAGUUGCCUGCAAAAAACAAGACGUUCUGACAUCCAUCCAGCCAGCCAGAGACAACAAAACACGACGGACAAACACGGAUAAUUUAAAAAGCCAUGACCAUGCUUCCCCUGACACAUAGAGAUCGCGGUAAUUUCGCCUAUCGCAUCAAGGAGACACUCAAAAGCUGGAAGCGUUUAAUAUUCUCAGAUAAAAAUUCCCGGAAUUUAUUUCUUUUUCUUAUGUUAAAUUUAAGUUUUGCAUUUGUUGAGCUGUUCUACGGAAUUUUGACCAAUAGUUUGGGUCUCAUAUCGGAUUCGUUUCACAUGUUCUUUGACUGUACGGGCUUGUUGGCGGGUCUGGCAGCAUCAGUGAUCACCAAAUGGAGGGCUAAUGAACGUUUCUCCUAUGGCUAUGUGAGGGCAGAAGUCUUGGCUGGUUUUGUUAAUAGCCUGUUUCUGAUAUUUGUAGCAUUCUUUAUAUUGUCCGAGGGCGUAGAACGUCUCAUAGAACCACCAGAAGUCAAGCAUGAACGACUUUUUGUGGUAUCUGUGUUGGGCUUGUUAGUGAAUCUAGUUGGUAUUUAUGCCUUUAAUCAUGGUGGUGGCCAUGGACAUUCACAUGGUGGUGGCGGUCACGGUCAUUCACAUGGUGGUCAUGGACACUCGCAUGGUAGCAGCAGUCCAUUAAUUGAUGCCAAUGGGCAUCAGGCUAUUUCUAUGGAUGAUGGACACGGCCACUCACAUUCCCAUGGUCAUUCACAUGGCGAUGAUCUAUCCGGAGGUGGCAGUAAUUCACAAAUUAUGCGCGGUGUCUUCCUACACAUUUUGGCCGAUACACUCGGCUCAGUUGGUGUUAUUAUAUCGGCAGUAUUAAUGCAUUUAUUCGGCUGGAUGAUUGCCGAUCCAAUUUGUUCAAUCUUCAUCUCAGUACUCAUUGUAUUGUCGGUAAUGAGUCUGAUCAAGGAAUCAAUAUAUGUACUAAUGCAACGCCAGCCGGUUGCUUUAGAUCGUUUACUACCUCAGUGCUACCAAAAGGUUACCGGUUUGGCUGGUGUGUAUGCAGUGCAAGAACCUCACUUUUGGACGUUAUGCUCCGAUACCUAUGUAGGAGCAAUCAAAUUAGAAGUAUCAAGAAAUAUCGAUCCCAAAUAUGUUGUUACACAUGCUCGCAUGAUUUUCGAGUCGAUAGGUGUUAAACAGGUCUACAUACAACUAGACUACGUGUGAUAAUUCUCUAUAGAUUUUGUACAUAAGCCCUUAUGAUUUGAUUUAGAAUAUACCAAUUUACAAUAUUGAAAGUUCUUCUUGUUGUCUUGUCCCUCCUUUCACCUUGUCACCACCUGCUCCUAUGUCCAAACUACAAAACAAAAUUAGUUUUUAAUAAAAACUAUCUAUAAGAGUAUAGAAAAUACUUGCGUUGAAACUUGACUCACAAGAUUUCCAAUAAGCCGUCUAGCAAUAUUUAAAUUUGUCCUUUUUUAUUAAGUUAAACGUUUUUUGUAUUAAGUUUUCCUAAAGCCAAUUAUAUAUUUAAUUUUUCUUGUUUUUAUUUAACAAAACUUUUUCUACACUAAACUGCAUUCCAUACACACAUACAUUUCUCAAAUAAAACUGUAACAAAAGCUCUAUAUAUAAAUAAGUAACACCUAUUUGUAAUCGUCAAACACACCUACCAGCAUGUGCUAAAUUAGAACAAAUUUCAGAAAACAAUGAUCUUAAUGAAGAGAAAUAGUAAUCACUAUCAUGGACUGUCUUAUUUUAUAACAACAAACAUAUUUAAAGAAAACAAAACAAAAAACAUGCAUUGUUUUACAAAUAUAGAGUUACAAAAACAAAAAGUUCAACGAACAGUUGCCGAAAUAUGUACAUCGCUACUAUAUAUUAAAUACAUAUUGUAAAAACAAAACAAAUGGAAAUGAACGAAAACUGUAAAUAUAUGAGAGUACUUUUUUAUGUUA